CUACGCCUGGGGGGAACCGUUAGCUCCAGUUAGCUUACGGCUAUUGUGUUGUUUUUAUGAAAUCAUAAUCCCAUUGAAUCCGUCGCAGCGAUGGCGAGCCGCUUCCCGCUUCACUCGCAGCUCUCCUCCGUCCUGGAGACGAUGGCCGGCUCGGCCCUGAGUCAGAUCAGCCGCCUGGUGGACGAGGACUCGGCCGAGCUGCAGCUGGAGGUGUCCCGGCUCCUGUUCGCCAACUCCGCGCUGGAGGAGAGAGUGAACCGGCUGGAGAGCGAGCUGAGCACCCUGAGAAGCGAAGCCUCCAACCCGGGGAGAAGCUCCCGCACCGUGGGCGUCCAGACCGUCCGCCCCGGUGAUGGAGAGCCGCAGGAGUCCGGGUGCCCGACCAUAGAAGCCAUCUUUGGGAAAGACUGGUGCAUGAGCCUGUGGAAAGACAGAGACCCGUAUCAUCCGGACACAGACUCACCACAGACUUGUGAUAAGUCUGUGGGAACAAUAUCUGGCCAGAUUACAAAAAGUGAGGAUUCUGUGGCGGGUGCUGUCAGCUGCUGCAAGCAGGAAACGCUGAGUACAGACGCAGAACCUGAAGAAAGUACAGCUGUGAAACCAGAGCAGCUGUCAUCGGGUAACUCGGCUGAUGGCAGCACUUCCAUGUUGUCAAUUGAUUGGAAAGGAGAACAGGUCGAGUCUGCAGCUGCUCUUGAGAAACCAUCCACGCAGCUGAUUUCCAACAACGACACAGAGGAAGCCUUCAGCACUUAUAUCACGCCAAUGGAAGAUGGCGACGACGACGUACAGUUUGUUCAAGAAAGUCAGCAGGAGCCUCUGAACGCUGCUGCAGGUCGGCCCAGCAACAACAAGCUGCAGAUAUCACCAACCCACAACACUGAAAACAGCACGCUUGUGAAAAUGGAUUCACUAGAAAACCUCACUGUGCUUAAUGUAGCAACAGUCGGAGCUCCAAACAAACCAAACUUCACAUGCAGAAUAUGCAGCAUGCCAUUUCACCACAAGGGCACUCUGACGAGCCACAUGAAAUCACACAAGUCCAAUUUCUGUAGCAUUUGUAAGCAGCAUUUCAAUAACAAGACCAAGCUCAAGUCGCACACCUGCGUGCCUCCACAUCCUUCUAUGACGGACAGCAAGUCUUGCCACCUGUGUGGGAAGAGCUUUAAAAACCCAUCGGCUCUGAGGAUGCACUAUGUGGUCCACACAGGAGAGAAACCCUUCACGUGCAGCUUUUGUGGGAAGGGGUUCACCCAGAAAGGCAAUCUAAAAUGUCACAUACGCAUCCACACUGGAGAGAAACCGUUCAGCUGAGGUAAAUGUGGAAAGACAUUCACGCCAAAGGUGAACCUCAACGAGCACAUGAUGGCACACAGACAUUCUGAGGUCGUGGGAGACGAGCCUGUAGCGUGAGGACAUCUUUAGAACUUCGCUGAAACCUGUCAAUGACUGAUUUUACUUUUAUUUUUAUUGAUUUAAAUGCAAAAUAGUUCUGCUCACAUUGACUUUAGGGUAGUUAAUGUCAUGUUUAGUAGCAGGAAUGUGAAGCAAAUGUUCUAUUUCAUACCCAUGUGUUUUUAUUUACCCUUUUAUGCAGUUCAGUGUCUGUUGUUCUUUCUAUCUUUACAAUAAAGAACAGUCACAGUUGGUCACUUUGAGAUUCAAAUGUUUAUUGAUAGAACUCUUUCUUUUAAAGUAUUUUUGCCUUGAAUAUAAUCUUCAACUUUGGCAGUUUGGAGGGCUGUGAAGGAGGCAUGCAGGUGUGAAGGAAAUAAAAAAGACAUCCCUCUUGGGUUCA